CUUCAUCUAAUCUUUUGCAUCUUCUGAGUUUAUCAAGAAGUGUAUAUAGAAUUCAUGAAGGAUGUCAUGGAGGCAGUUUCAGAGUUCUCUGUUGUUGAUCUGUAUCCUUCCAUUGGAGUUCUUGAGGUUCUUACCGGGUUCAGGAAAAAAAUCGACAAGCUUCACCGAGAAGUGGAUAGGAUACUUGAGAACAUUGUGACAGAUCAUAGGGACAAAAUUACAGUGGUGGUGGAGGAGGAGAAGAUAUUGUUGAUAUUCUUUUAAGGCUUCAAAAGCAGAAUGAUCUCCAAUAUCCCUUAUCUGACAGUGUUGUCAAAGCAAUCAUUUUGAUGAUUACAAAGAUUCAGAAUACAAGUUUAUAGCAUUUAGUGGUGGAAGAAGGAUUUGUCAAGGGAUCACAUUUGGGGCUGUUGAUGUUGAAUUCACGCUUGCAUGUUUGCUUUUCCAUUUUGAUUGGAAGGUGGAGCCUAAUGGGAACAAACCUGAAGAACUUGACAUGGCUGAAUCCUUUGGCUUAUCUUUCCAACUCUACCCUCCUUGCAUUUAAUUACAAAAAUGUCUUCUGAGUUCCCAAAAAAUCAAACAUUAAUUUUCAUACACUGCCCUUCCAAGUUUCAAAGGGCAGACCGCUUCAGACAAAGAAAAGGCAAUAACUUUUUCGAACCCCACUUCCCGUUUUCUUCAAAGUUCGAAUCUUUUGCCCUUAUCAUGUCAAUUCAACCAAAAACCGAACCUGGGUCACCCCCCAUUCUCUCAUCAACCAGCAACAAAAGCUGGGAGACGAUGAGCAUUCCUGAACUCAUUCAAAUUCUUCGAAUUAAGUGGCAAAAAGAGUAUUAUGACAGAGUUGAAGAGGUUUUGGUAGCAAGAGAGGAAAAACUUAAAACCAAGGUUGGUCAACUUGAAGAGAAGUUUCAGGUUCAGAGUCUAGCUACGAUUGAUGCUGAGAAGGUACAAGGGCUUUAUGAGGCGUUGUUUAAGGAAGUGAAGGAAAGUGGAUUGGAUAAGGAAACCAUUGAGAACUUGAGGAAGAAGAACAAGGAGUUAGAGUGCGAGAAUCGCAAGUUGUUGGAGUUGAAGAACAAAUGUGAAGUUGAUGGCAAUGCUGUUGAUGAAUUAAGGAAGAAAGUGGCUGAGUUAGAGGCUGAAAAGAAGAAUAAUUUGGAUACCACUACUGAGUUGAAUGAUGAGAAUGGAAAGUUGGUAGAUGAGAAAAUAGAGGAUCAGCCUAUUGCUCGCAAGAAAAAUUUUAGCUUGAAAAGAAAAAGAGCGGAGAUUGAUACUCAGAAGAAUACAAUUGUAGAUCUGAUCAACUUUAAAGUUGCGGGAAAAAAGAUUAGUUUGGGAGAGAUAGAAAAGUUUAUCAAAAAUCAAAAAGAACUUCAUGGGUACAAGAGAAAUAUUGAUCCUUUAUCCAUGUGGAGUGAGCACUUUCCUUUUAUGUUAAUGGCUGAUGAGUAUGGACAAUGUUCUACUGAUGUAAAAUUAGUUCAUGAUGUGGAUGAUGUUGGUAUAGCUCAAUACUUACAGGUUAUUGGAGGUCGAUUGUUAUCUAUUGGUCGAACUCAAGAAUUAAAACAUGCAAGUGAUACUUUUGACAAGAAAAGUAUGGAAAAACUUAUGCAGGAGAAUCUAGAAAAAGAGAAGAAAUUCCGGGUCGCUUUAGAACAGAUAGAAUUAAAAGAUGAAAAAAUGAAAGGUUUGAUGGAGAAGAUGUUACAAUUAGAGGAAAAGGAGAAAAAAUUAGAUGAAGAUAAAGUCGAUUUGCAGACAAAAGUGAUGGAGUUGACGAUGGAGAAGAAGAGUUUGGAGACUGACAAGGAGAAUCAUGGAUUUGAAAUGUUUAUCUUUGGGUUUGAUAGAGCUGUGGAACAGGUGAGGUUUAUUGCGCCAACAUUGGACUUUGCUGUCAUGGAUCCAUGCAAGGUGGUCAUUAAUGGUCAGCUGGUUGAUGAUGAUCAGGAUCAAGAGAGUGAGAGUGAAGAUGUGGCAGUCUCUUGAUGUUUGUUCUAUACUUCUAUGUGAAAGAAUAUAUUUUUUGUUUCUGUUUAAAUAUAUGGUAUUGGAUGAGUUUUGAUUGUAAUAUUUUGGUAGAUUUAUGUUCUGAGUUUAACCAGGUCAAAUAUAACAUGUUUGCUAUUUUGGGAACAGUUUUCAA